AUUUUUUAUUAUCGUUAUUAUUAUUAUUAUUAUUAGUAUUUUUAAAUGAUAUAUAUCUUUAGCUUUUUUGAAGAAAAAAGAUAUAUUUAUGAAAUAUGAAAUCUAUUAUUUUACCUUUUUUUACCAUUUUAAUACUAACUUCAGUGUUAAUACGGCGUUAUCUAAAUCAAAAUAAUUAUUAUGCAAUUAUUUGUAAGAAGAAUCAAGAUACUUUUGCAUUAAACACAAAUAGAAGUAGAUUUGGAUAUUUUCUUCAGAUAACAGAUUUUCACUUAGAUGACCACUACAGAGAAGGUGCCACCAUCAAAUCUGGUUGUCAUACUUUACCUAAAAAGCACAUGUACUCAAAACAGGAUGACGAACUGUGUGGUACUAUGGGCAUACCAGGUCAGCGUAUGGAUGCACCUAGUAUCCUUAUAGAACAUACUCUUGAUUGGAUUCGUCGUGAAUGGCUAGAUAAGCUGGAUUUUGUUAUCUGGACUGGUGAUAAUUCUCGACAUAAUUGGGACGAAAAACACUCUCGUAAAAAGAAAAAAGUAUAUGAACUAAAUAAAAAAGCAGCAGAUAUGUUGACCGACGUAUUUUUUUCAGCAGUACCGGUUGUUCCUGUUAUUGGAAAUAAUGAUGUUCAACCACAUAAUUUAAUCGAACUCUAUGAUGAUGAUUUACGGUUUUUUGGAGAGAUUUGGAAGCACUGGAUUCCAAAGGAUGAGCGAAAAAGCUUUUUGGAAGGGGGAUAUUUUGCUGUAGAUGUAGUACCUGGAAUUCGUGUAUUAUCAAUGAAUACUAUGUUCUUUCUAAAAAAGAACCCAAUGGCGAAAGAUUGUAUAGCAAAAAAGAAGAAAAAAGAGAAUUUAGGAUAUCAGCAUUUAAAAUGGUAUAAACAACAACUGGAAAAGGCACGACAUGAUAAUGUUAAAAUCUAUGUAGUCGGUCAUGUUCCUCCUUCACCAAAUGAUUUCUUUGAAGGUUGCUUGCACAAUUAUGUAAGCAUUACCUCUGAUUAUUCUGAUAUUGUAUUAAGUCACUUUUAUGGUCAUCUAAACAUGGAUCAUUUUUUAAUUUAUGAUAAACGUCAAGAAAAUAAUAGAAAUUUACUAUCUUCAUCAAUGGAUAAUCAACCCGUAACUAUACAACGAGAUGCUAAAGAGUAUGCGCUAUGGCUAAAGGACAUGUAUCAUGACCUUGUUCACUUUGAAAACAAUCAUUUUUCUCAUCAGACUACAGAACAAUUGGUUAAUCAAAGGCCAUUCCAUAAUAGCCAAGAACCAUUCAAUCAUAAUAACCCAGUUGUUGUUAUACAUGUUGCACCUUCUGUUUUUCCUAUUUACAUGCCAACUAUUCGAAUAUAUCGUUAUGAAUACCAACAAGAAAAUACAGCUUAUGGUAAACUUUUAGGGUAUACACAAUAUGUAGCUAAUAUUUCAGAAUACAAUAACGAAAAUGAUCAUAAAAAAUCUAAACCGCCAUUAGAAUACAAUAUUCAGUAUGAUACAAAUAAUCUUUAUGGUCUCCCUGAUCUUUCUAUAAACUCGUAUAUACAAUUUGCCGAUGCACUUACUCAAGAAGAUAUUCUAGAAAGCAAAGAACUAUGGAAUAUUUAUAGUAAAAAUAUAUUUGUACAAACCAUGAAUGAUACUUUAAAUCAAUAAUAUUUUUUUUUAAAGAUAUAUAUUAUUAUAACAACUUAUUACAGUAAUAAACUUUGAAAUGUAAAAACAGUAUAUAGGGCAAUAUAUUUACUCUUUUGAAGAAUGAUAUAGUCCUUGC